GGGAAGAGACUUCUCUGGCAGGGCUGGAAGCACAGGUCUCCCUACUCUGGAAAUCUUUGCUUCCCUUGGCUAGUUGCUCUCCUCCUCACCGACAAUCUCACCUCUUGUUCAAGAGCCUGCACUUCACUCUCACCUAGAUGAGGUUCUCACCCCUCUAUAAAAUGGAGAUGAUAACAGGAGCUCCCCAGAGAGGAUUAUGAGGCUGCAGAUGCAUGACAGGUCCCAAGCCCAGAAGUGGACCCUGUUGGGUUCAGAGUCCACUCUAAUAAACUACAGCCUCUGCAGUUUGAUGCCAGCUCCACCCUGACUCUCUCUUGGAAAGCUGUCUUCAAGCUAGCUCAGCUCAAAGGGCAGAAAGUCAACGGAAUGUUAGCCUGGAUAAAACAACGCCAUACCAUGUCCCAAACCUGAUUCCAGCACCUAGAGAGAAGGCGACUCUGGACCUGCCUUGUGGCACUUUAAGCUCUGGUAUUUCGUGGGUGCCUGGGGGCUGCUCCCAGACUGGUGAGGCUUUGAGGGAAAGGGGGACUCAGAGCAAGUGAGGAUGCCUGCUGUUCCCUGGGAGAGGCUGGCAGCUGCUUAACCUAUGGAAGUGCUUAGUGUGGGAUGAAUGACUGUCACAAUAAUGAUCAUUAUUAAUUGAUGGUGGCACCUGGGUCCCUAAAUGGUGCCACCUGCCUGGUCUGUGAUGAGGUUCUAGGCAGCAGUGCUGAAGGGAGGAUGGUGGAGGCAUUUCUGGGCACAAGGAGACCUCUGUCCAUGGACAAAGCUGAGACAACUGACCUGAACCUAAGAUUCAAGUGCCUGAACUGAGUCCUAGGAUUCCUGGGGCUUAGGGCCAGGGCACCUAGAACUGCCUCUUCCCGCCAAGGCCUUGGGGAGGAUCUGCAUCUCCAGUCAGCUCAAGUCCUGCAGAGCUGGUCGAGUGUCUGUGUAUCACCAUUCCUCACCCAGGUAUAGAGGCAGGACACGCUCUUUGAUGUAAGAUUUAGAGCUCAGGAAGUGAAAUCUUGCCAGACUCAUCUGAGCCCCAGUCAGAUGCUCUGCCUCCUGGAAGCCUUCCAGGCUGAGUUAGUUGUUCAUUCUGGGUUCCCACAGAUUUUGGAUAAAGCUUGGUCUCUGGUUGUGUCUCAGCAUCUUUACGCCCUGGAGUGUGGCAAGUCUGCAUAUGUACUCUGGCUUUGUCUGCUCUCUGAUAGCUGGGUGACCUUGGGCAGGUGACGUUACCUCUCUGAGCUUUGGUUUCUUUACCAGGAGGGUAGAAUAAUAGAGGUGCUUGAUGCAUCAGCUGUGAGACUUAAAUGAAAUGCAGCAGGUGGAGCAAUUAGCCCUCUUGCACCCCAGCCCACCUGCAUCUCCCUGUCCCUCAGUCAGCCUUAGAGCCUGUUCUGGGCUCUGUGCAGGCUUCUGCGGUUGCUGUGUCCUUGGCCCAAGGAUACCUAGAAUCUUUCUGUGCCCUUGGAUGAAAGAGCUGCUUGCUUGUUGGGGUCCAGAAAGAGGUGAGGACCGGCCAGGGCUGUCCAGUGGGGGCAGAGGGCCAGGGCAACACCUGCAGGGUACCAGGGUGUGCCACCUGCUAUCCCCAGGAAGCAAACUCAUGAAUAUUCAUACCACUGGAUGGGAGGGAGCCAGCCAGCUUGCUGCUGGGUGUCAUUGGAGCAUUCCUGUCUCCCAGUGACCGCAGAGACAGCCUGGGAGUUGGACGUGGCUCAGGCAGUGAGUGGAAAGGGGCAGCCAGCCACAGCCCGAGGUGUCUGAGAUGCUGCCACCGCAGAAGAAGCCCUGGGAGUCCAUGGCUAAGGGGCUGGUGCUGGGUGCGCUCUUCACCAGUUUCCUGCUGCUGGUGUACUCCUAUGCCGUGCCCCCGCUGCAUGUUGGCCUGGCCUCCACGACCCCAGAGGCCGCAGCAUCGUGCUCUCCGCCCGUGCUUGAGCCAGAGGCAGUGAACCGCGCAAACGGCUCGCGGGGAGAGUGCCAGCCGCGGCGCAAUAUCGUGUUUUUGAAGACGCACAAGACGGCCAGCAGCACCCUGCUCAACAUCCUGUUCCGCUUCGGCCAGAAGCACCGGCUCAAGUUCGCCUUUCCCAACGGCCGCAACGACUUCGACUACCCGACCUUCUUCGCCCGCAGCCUAGUGCGGGACUACCGGCCCGGGGCCUGCUUCAACAUCAUUUGCAACCACAUGCGCUUCCACUACGACGAGGUGCGCGGCCUGGUGCCGCCCAACGCCAUUUUCAUCACGGUGCUCCGCGACCCCGCCCGCCUGUUCGAGUCCUCCUUCCACUACUUCGGGCCGGUGGUGCCCCUCACGUGGAAGCUCUCGGGCGGCGACAAGCUGGCCGAGUUCCUGCAAAACCCGGAUCGCUACUACGACCCCAACGGCUUCAAUGCCCACUACCUCCGAAACCUGCUCUUCUUCGACUUGGGCUAUGACAACGGCCUGGACCCUGGCAGCCCGCAGGUGCAGGAGCACAUCCUGGAGGUGGAGCGCCGCUUCCACCUGGUGCUCCUUCAGGAGUACUUCGACGAGUCGCUGGUGCUGCUGAAGGACCUGCUGUGCUGGGAGCUGGAGGACGUGCUCUACUUCAAGCUCAACGCCCGCCGCGACUCGCCGGUGCCGCGGCUGUCCGGGGAGAUGUACGGGCGCGCCACCGCCUGGAACAUGUUGGACGCCCACCUCUACCGCCACUUCAACGCCAGCUUCUGGCGCAAGGUGGAGGCCUUCGGGCAGGAGCGCAUGGCCCGCGAGGUGGCAGCCCUGCGCCAUGCCAACGAGCGCAUGCGGACCAUCUGCAUCGACGGGGGCCACGCCGUGGACGCCGCCGCCAUCCAGGACGAGGCCAUGCAGCCCUGGCAGCCGCUGGGCACCAAGUCCAUCUUGGGCUACAACCUCAAGAAGAGCAUCGGGCAGCGGCACGCGCAGCUCUGCCGGCGCAUGCUCACGCCCGAAAUCCAGUACCUGAUGGACCUCGGCGCCAACCUGUGGGUCACCAAGCUCUGGAAGUUCAUUCGCGAUUUCCUGCGGUGGUGACGUCCCACCGCCCAGCGGCUUGCCUGCCUGCUUGCUCCCUACGGAGGGGCUGAGCAGGACGCCGCUGGUGCUGGCCGCCCCCAGCCCCCUCCUGGUGCCACCUCGGACCCCGGGGUGAGGGGGGUGCUUCCUGGGGGGACGCAGCCAGCCAAGACUGGGCCCACGCACACAGAGAGGGCCUAACCGAUAUCAGUAUUUAACUAAUUAUACCGGUUUUUAUUAAACCCCUUUCCCUCCCCGAAAAAGAAUGUUCUAUUUCUGCCUCCCCUUAAAGGGGAGACCUCAGAAGUAAAGGAAUUUGAUGUUGUGUUUUUGUUAA